AUGGAGGCGGCCGGGGACAGCGCUGGUGCCCGUGGAGGCCUCCUCUGCGUGACGGGCGGCAGCGGCUUCAUCGGCUCCUGGCUGGUGCGCCUGCUCCUCGACCGCGGCUACACCGUCCACGCCACCGUCAAGAACCUCCAGGACGAGGGCGAGACGAAGCACCUGCAGGCCCUGGACGGCGCGGACACGCGGCUCCGGCUGUUCCAGAUGGACCUCCUCGACCCUUCCUCCUCCAUGCGGCCGGCGAUCGAGGGCGCGCGCGGCGUCUUUCACCUGGCGUCCCCUCUGACGCUGCACACACAGGAUCCGGAGAAGGAGCUGCUGGAGCCUGCGCUGAAGGGCACGCUCAGCGUCCUUCGUGCCGCCAAGGACUGCAGCGUCCACCGUGCUGUUCUCAUGUCGUCAAAGUCAGCCAUGCUGCCGAAUCCUGCCUGGCCUGCAGACAAGGUGAUGGUAGAGGAUGACUGCUGGGCCGACCUUGAGCUCCUCAGGGAACGUCAGGUACAGGGUACCCUCUCUAAAACGUUGGCAGAGAAGGCUGCGUGGGAAUUCGCCGAGAAGGAGGGUCUACAGCUGGUCGUGCUAAAUCCAGGGACGACUCUGGGCCCAUUUUUUACACCAUCAGUCAAUACAAGUCUGAACAUUCUGCUGCAGCUCCUGAGAGGCCAGGAGCUCGAGUUGGACGCUGUCUACACAGGGUGGGUCGACGUCAGAGAUGUGGCGCAAUCUGCGAUUGUGCUGUAUGAGAACCCAUCUGCAAAGGGACGGCACCUGUGCCUGGCGUCCAUGGAACGCUUGGUUGACUUCGCCGAUAAAAUUGCUGAUAUGUACCCUGAAUUCCCAGUUCACAGGAUCAAGGCGGACAAACAAGGCUGGUUGAUGAGAGAUAAGGAGCCCUCCAAGAAGUUGAUCGAUUUGGGCGUUCGUUUCGUUCCGUUCGACGUGACCAUCAGGGAGACCGUCGAUUGCUUCAGAAGCGAAGGGCUCAUCUAG